CAGGCAAGACAAACAGACUCGGCGGUUUCCAUCGCGGGGCAGACGCUCGCCUCGAUCGCACGCGCAACAUCGCUAGUUCCACGAGUCUGGGAGGCAGAUGCAACAAUGGCUCGGAUCUGUGAAGUCGUGUUUGUGAGCGUCACACUCCUCAUCUGGGCCGCCUCCGCCGCCGAUAUAGUGCAGCAGUGUCCUGGAAGGUCGAUAGAAGGCCUCAGUGAAAACGUCAAACUCAGCCCAUGCAAGCGCUCGCCCUGCAAGCUAAAGAAAGGCACAAACCAACACAUCAGUGUUAAAUUUACUCCUGAAAACGACAUAAAAGAAGUGAAGAAUCAUGUGACGGCCGAGGUGUUCGGCGUGCCGUUGCCGUUCGUGGGCGUGGACGGCGUGUCCAUCUGCAGCAAGAUCUUCAACGAGGACGGCAGCCCGGCCGCCUGCCCCCUCAGAGCUGGCAACAACUACACCUACAAGGACUCCUUCCCCGUCCUCUCCUUCUAUCCCACACUCCAAGCUAAAGUUCACUGGGCGCUAAUGGAAGGCCAAAAAGAAUUUGUUUGUUUCGAAAUCCCUGUAAAUAUAGUCUAAUUUAUUUUAUUAAAUAUGUUUUAUACAUUUUAACUUGCCUAAAAUUUACAUACAAUACAAAUGUUUUUUUAAUGAAUCGCAAUUCUAUGAACUUCAUAAAUUUAGAAUAGGUACCUAAUAACAUGUAAGUUUUAUAUUAAUUAGCAUAAAAUUAGGAAGACAUAAAAAUAAAGACAUUUAUCACAUAA